AUGGCUCAAUACAGUUCAAUUCUCAUUAUAAUUGUGCUGAUUUGUGUGCUCUUUUCAUUUACCACUAAUGCAACAAAACAGAACAAUUCACAAAUCUAUAUUGUUCAUUGUCAGUUCCCUGAUGGGGAAAUGUCAACCAGAUAUCAAGAUUUAGAAAGCUGGUAUCUUUCUUUCUUGCCUGCAACAACCUCAGAUAGUUCUCGUGAGGCACCACGUUUGAUAUAUUCCUAUCGAAAUGUCCUAACAGGUUUUGCAGCUAAGUUAUCACCAGAGGAUAUUAAGGAAAUGGAGAAAAUGGAAGGAUUUGUUUCUGCACGCCCCGACGAGAUACUUAAUUUACACACCACACAUAGUGUCAAUUUCAUGGGGUUGCAACAGAACAUGGGGUUCUGGAAUGACUCGAAUUAUGGGAAAGGUGUGAUUAUUGGAGUUAUUGACGGGGGAAUUUUCCCGGACCACCCUUCGUUUAGCGAUGAUGGGAUGCCACCUCCCCCUGCUAAAUGGAAGGGUAAGUGUGAAUUUAAUGUCACAAAGUGUAACAACAAGCUCAUUGGAGCCAGAUUCUUCCCGAACUCGGGGAUUGAUCCAUGGGAUGAAAAUGGACAUGGUACACAUACUGCUAGCACGGCUGCUGGAAGUUUCGUUCCAGGUGCUAACAUUUUUGGCAAUGCAAAUGGCACAGCUGUGGGUGUUGCACCUCUUGCUCAUGUUGCCGUUUACAAAGCGUGCUCUGCUUUCGGUUGUUUUGGGAGCGACAUUUUGGCUGCAAUGGAUAUGGCUAUUGAAGAUGGUGUGGAUAUUCUUUCAAUUUCCCUUGGUAGUCUAUCUAAUGCUUUCCAUAGAAACCCAAUUGCACUUGGUGCACUUAGUGCUAUCAAAAAGGGAAUCUUCGUCAGCUGUUCUGGUGGAAAUUCAGGACCAUACAGUUUUUCAUUGUCUAAUGAAGCGCCCUGGGUUCUCACAGUUGGUGCAAGCACUAUCGACAGAAAAAUAAAGGCCACUGUUGUGCUUGGUAACAAUCAAGAAUUCGACGGAGAAUCAGCUUUGCAACCUAAUGACUUUCCUCCUACACUAUUGCCUCUUGCCUAUCCUGGAAGCAAUUCUAGUGAUUCUGAUGCUAAAUAUUGUACCCCUGCUUCCCUGAACAACACGAAUGUCAUGGGAAAGAUUGUGUUGUGUGAGGCUGGUAAAAUAACGCGAGCUGAUAAAGGUAUAGCAGUGAAGGCAGCUGGUGGUGCUGCCAUGAUAUUUAUGAACCGAGAAGCCAUGGCUAACACAACAUUGGUCGAGGCAUAUGUCCUCCCAACGACAUAUGUUGGCUAUGCUGAUGGUCUAAAAAUCAAAGAGUACAUAGACUCAACACCAACCCCUACAGCCACAAUUGUGUUCAAGGGAACUAUAAUCGGAGAUGAUCGUGCUCCAGUGGUUGCUGGAUUUUCAUCCAGGGGUCCAAGUUAUGCAAGUCCUGGAAUUCUAAAACCAGACAUUAUUGGUCCUGGCGUUAACAUUCUAGCAGCUUGGCAUAUUUCCUUGGAUAACAACACAAACACCAACUCGAGAUUCAACAUGAUCUCAGGCACCUCAAUGUCUUGUCCUCACCUCAGUGGCGUUGCAGCACUACUAAAAAGUGUUCACCCUGAUUGGUCUCCAGCUGCAAUUAAGUCAGCAAUUAUGACAACAGCCGAUGUCUUAAACCUCGGAUCCAACUUAAUCGAGGAUGAAACAUACCGUCCGGCCAAUGUUUUUGCCACUGGUGCAGGCCAUGUUAAUCCGUCAAAAGCAAAUGAUCCAGGCCUGAUAUAUGACAUAGAGCCAGCCGUUUACUUACCUUAUUUAUGUGGUCUAAAUUACACAGACACACAAGUUGGAUUCUUUUUUCCGGGCAAAGUGAAUUGUUCAGAGGUUACUAGCAUCUCAGAUGGUCAACUAAAUUAUCCAUCGUUUUCGAUCCAAGUCAGAGUCAACUCAGCAGCUCAAGUAUAUUCAAGAACUGUGAUGAAUGUUGGACAAGCCAACUCAACAUACAGAGUUGAAAUUGAUUCACCGCCAGGUCUUGAUGUGAAAGUUGAACCAACUACACUUGUUUUUUCAGAGGUGAAACAAGCAUUGAGCUAUCAAGUGACAUUUACACCUCUGGAUACCAUACCGAACACUACUUUUAAUCAGGGAUCUCUCAGAUGGAUUUCUGAAAAACACAUUGUUAGGAGCCCAAUUGCUGUUCGAUUUUUCCUUUUUUGA